CGUUUUACUCGCGAAAAAUUCAACCUCUCUUAUUUCUUUCUUCACAACAUAAUUAUUCAAUAUGUCUGGACGCGGUAAGGGCGGCAAGGGUCUUGGAAAGGGCGGUGCCAAGCGCCAUCGCAAGGUUCUCCGCGAUAACAUUCAGGGCAUUACCAAGCCCGCUAUUCGCCGUCUGGCUCGUCGUGGUGGCGUCAAGCGUAUCAGCGGCCUCAUCUACGAGGAGACCCGCACCGUUCUGAAGACUUUCCUGGAGAACGUUAUUAGGGACUCGGUCACCUACACCGAGCACGCUCGCCGCAAGACCGUGACUGCUAUGGACGUCGUGUAUGCCCUGAAGCGCCAGGGCCGCACCCUCUAUGGCUUCGGUGGUUGAGCUGGUUGUCUUGCUGCUAGCCUUCAGCUUGCUCCUUCAAUUCCCGGUGUUUUUGGGCGGAGCCCCCGCCGCGAAGCGGCUUCGGGGGGGCUUCGCCCCCCAGGAUUGCCCCUGUCCGUGUGUCCGUGUGUCCGUGUGUCCGUCCGUAACGGCAAAACAUACAAUCUAGACAAAACUAUUUAUUGCACCUAAUAGAUAUUUGUUAUCUGUAUUCAGUAAAAAUAACUGGAAGCCAAACAAACUUAAUUUCGCAACAAACGAUUUAUUGACCAGCCAUUGAACAAGGACCACCUCGGCAACAGCGAUUAGCGCUCCUCUAUGGUUUGUCCUGGUACCGUAAACAGUAUUUAGUGAAUUGGUAACAGCGGCGUGUGGCCAAAGGGCUACCUGUGAAAGUCGGCGGGAGCAUGCUCGCAUCUACUGUGCUACUCAGAGCCCACACAAUCCUUUGGGACGAUGUUGCACGCCUUUGCUAUGGGUUUAUGCGUAUGAACUGUAACGCAAACGGG